UGUCAGGAAUAUGAUUCAGACAUGGAGGGCUUUAGGACCCGGGAAGCAGCGAGCGUGGUGUCCCACUGACGGAGCGACGUACAGCACAUACAUAAAGACAUUAGGCAAUGGCGCAGACGGGCUUUGGGCGAAGAUACUUCAGAGCGUUUGUUAGUGGCUUCUUUGUAGCCGUCCCCGUGACAGUGACGGUUUUAGAUCGUCUUGCCUAUGUGGCACGCGUAGAAGGUGCCUCCAUGCAGCCGUCCUUGAACCCAGAUGGAGGGUCGUCACCUGAUGUUGUGCUGCUGAACCGCUGGACUGUGAGGAACUACCAAGUGCAGCGAGGGGACGUUGUGUCAGUUCUGAGCCCGAAGAACCCUCAGCAGAAGAUCAUCAAACGGGUCAUUGGGAUCGAGGGUGACUUCAUCAAAACGCUGGGAUAUAAAAACCGUUUUGUAAGAGUUCCAGAUGGACAUCUGUGGAUCGAGGGAGACCAUCAUGGCCACAGUUUCGACAGCAACACAUUUGGACCGGUUUCCCUGGGUCUUAUCCACGGCCGGGCGUCUCACAUCAUCUGGCCGCCCAGUCGGUGGCAGCGGAUCGAGCCGUCUGUCCCCUCAGACCGAAGACCUCUGUUAAACUGGAAUGGAGCAACGGACGACAGUAAUGAUGACUGAAAUGAAGGACAUCCAUGUCAACCCUCAUGUACAGUAAAUGUAAAGUCAUGUGCUGUGGACUAUAGAAAUGUUCUUGUUGAAACUAUGUGGGUCAAAUCAGAUCCUAAGAAAGACUAUGCCGUUUUUAGACCCAGUUUAGGCAGAUAUUGUCAGUUGUACAUAUUCUUGACUGUUUUGACCGGUCUGUGCCAGGUUGAUGAUCAAAUGACACACAGAUAAAGGCUAAAUCUAUUAUACACUUAGUUUUUAGUAAUAAACACAUUGUCAUACAAUCAUAUGCCAAAUGAUUUAUUUCUAAAGGUCAACAUUAUACAUAUAUAUUGUUUGUAACAUGGACAAGUAAUCAGUAUCACAGACAGAACUCCAGCACUAAGAUGCAAAAUAGACUGAAUAUCAGCAAGUUAAACUUAUUUAUUUUUGAAGAAUUGUCAAAUUAAUUCUUCAAAAAUAAAAAGAUCAUUACUCCA